AGCCAUUCUCAUCAGCAGCAGCUUCUGAGUCUUUCUCUUUCAGCUAGCUAUUCUCAUCACAAGCUUUUAGUUCUCAGUCUCUAUCUCUCUCUCUGUUUCUACAGAAAAAUGAGGAGCGGUGAUUCAACCACAAUUGAUGUUCCAGAGUCAAGCGCAGCUUAUAAAGGAAAAACACCUCUUGUGGCUGUUGUUUCCAAGCAGAAGGGUGGAUGGAAAAGGGGAGUUUCCAUAUUCGACUUCCUUCUUAGGAUAGGGGCUAUAACAGCUGCUCUAGCCGCCGCGUCCACCAUGGGUACUAGUCAGGAAACCCUUCCCUUCUUCACCCAGUUCUUCCAGUUCCAAGCCAGUUAUGAUGAUUUGCCCACUUUCCAGUUUUUCGUGAUUGCAAUGGCGAUAGUCGGUGGCUACCUAGUCCUUUCCCUUCCCUUCUCCAUAGUAUCCAUCGUUCGCCCCCAUGCAGUCGGACCAAGACUGCUCCUACUCAUUUUCGACACAGUGGCGCUUACUCUAAACACUUCUGCUGCUGCUGCGGCUGCGGCAAUAGUCUACUUGGCUCACAAUGGCAAUUCCAACACGAACUGGCUUGCCAUCUGCCAGCAAUUUGGUGAUUUCUGCCAGGCAGUGAGCGGGGCUGUGGUGGCGUCCUUCAUUUCGGUGGUUGUGUUCAUGUUCCUGAUUCUGCUGUCUGCUUUGGCCAUCCGAAAGCCUUGAUCAAGAUCAAUGACCGCCAGCAGCAGCUUUUCAAAUAAAUCUAGUGUUGUAUUGUUGUUUAUGAAGUUAUUUAAUUGGAUGUUUCUUUCAACUACUCCUCGUUGUGUGAGUUUGUAUCACGUAUGCCAAGUGUUGUAUUGAAAAUUAUUUGACUAUUUCCAGUCCAA